UUUCCAAGUCUCUAUAUUCAGUUGCAGUAUGGUUAGAUCAUUUGAUGAGACCAAAUUUUCUCCUUGUGCUUUUUUGGACAUGACAGGAGGGCAAUAUAGUUUUGAUGCAAAGGAUAACAGUUGGGGGUUUGAAGAGUUCUUGCCCCUUGAUAAACUUCUUGAUCCAUGUGAAAGAUAUAUGGUGAGUGACAGACUCAUUAUACUCGCUGAAGUACAGGUUCUUCCGGCUGUUGUUGUACCAGAGGAACCUGUCAAGAUUAUUGAACCUCUGAGCAGUAAAGAAGGAAAUCAAGUCUCUGACACAUCGUUCAGCAGAUCUCAGGGGCACUCUUCUUGCCAAGUGGCGGAAGCUUCUGAGAAUGCAUCUAAAGAGAAUUUUGAUGAUGAUGAUGAUGCAUCUGAAGAGGGUAUGGAUGAUGAUGAUGCAUUUGAUGAGGGUUCAGAUGAAGAUGAUGCAUCUGAAGAGGGUUCAGAAGAUGAUGAUGAUGAUGCGUCAUCUCCUGUUUCAGAUGAUGGAGGUAUGGACAUAAGUUCUUUGAGCCAAUCAAAUGCUUCGGAGGACGUUUCUCGUUCAGUGGGAAAUUAUGGUAUAAGCUCUAACAGUGUGGCAGCUGAGACUGAGUUUUCCAACUGUGAUAAUGGUGAUGCACCUAAAGAAGAUGCCGAUGAUGAUACUUCAUCUUUUGUUUCAAAGGAUAGUGCUAGAAACAGGAGUUCCCUAGACCAAGUUAAGUCCUUGGAGGAUGCCUCUCAAACAGCAGAAAAUGGUUGUAGGGGGCUUACCAUGGCAUCUGUUACUGGGACUUCUGAUAAUAUGCUUACGGAGACUAGACCAGUAAAGGAAACAAUGGACGUCAAUGGGUUUGAGGUUUUCUCUUCCCAGCAGGUUGAAUCGGUAAGCCAUAUCUUCAAAAGACACCCAGACAUGGCUAUAGGCUUCCGUCCAAAGAACCAACAGAUCAGAAGAGCUUACAUGGAUGCACUCCUUAGCCUCAUCAAGAUGCUGUGCCAGUCACCAGAGAAGCUCUCAGAGGAUGAUCUGAGCAAUGUUGAUGACACACUUGUUGAUUUGAUUGAUGCUGGCUUUAAGUUGGACUGGCUGAAGACAAAGCUAGAUGAGGUCAAUCAGAAAAAAAAGAUGGAGCAGGGUAGUGGGGCCCGGAUACAAACAAUGGAGGAACAGUUGCAGAAGCUGAAGCGAUUGUUCUUGGAUCUUGAAUCUCAGCUGCAGACGGAAAAAGUGGACGCUUUGGUUGCGAGAGCUCCUCUCUCGUUCAACGAUGUUGUUUGCUGAUUUGUUAGGAUUAAUGUGGCCUUGUUAGGUGACUCUUCGUUUUCUUUUAUAAUGCCUCAGAACAAGUCUCAAGUUCAUAUUCUUUAAGUCUUGUGUCGAAUGGGACUGAGUAGUGAAAUUAACCUGAAAUGUAACUAUUUCAAAACUUGUGAACAACUAAAAUGUACGUCUGAGGA